GUCAUUUAAUUGCCAAUUGAUUACGAUUUACGAUAUUUUAGAUUGUUAAAAAGCUAAUUGACAAAAUAGUUUUGAUAUUAGAUAAUUAAUGAUGUGUUGCAAGAGCAUCGUGCUUGGCUAGCUUACAGAAUAUCUGUGUAUAUACGUUUCAAUUGAAUGUUAAUAAAAUAUGGAAUUUAACGGACGAUUCGUUGUGUUGAUAUUAUUUGUUAUCACUCGGGUAAACUCACUAGCUUAUGACGUUCACUGGCUUAGUGGGCCUGCCACUAUUGAACGUGAUGUGCAGCCGUUUAAGCAAACUAUUGAUAUAUACUGUUACAGUGGAACACCAAAGAAUUUAUUAACCUUGUGGCAAACGGUCAAGUUUCACAUAAAGAUAAAAAAUGAUGAAUUCAGCCAGUACCUCGGUGACAAUCCAGAACAAGUUUACAAAGAUUAUACAGAGAAUAGUUACGGCUGGGCUAACCCGUUCCAGAAGAAAUCGUCCAAGAGUGUUUCGUUGGAUAUUUUCACACCAACAUGUAUGGCUAUCAAUACAAAAGAGAAACACAGCAUUGAAUUACACAUUCUAAGGGUGGAUCUCUGGCGUGUUCUGAUGAUGGUUGUCGGUGCAGCCCUUAUAUUUACGUCUCGUACUUUGAGUGGCAACCCUGUGUUCUUCUAUCUGUGCGGCAUCGUGAUUGGUGUGUCAGCAUCGUUUAUGGUUCUCAUAUACUACAUAAGCAGGUUCAUACCAGGGAGAACAUUAACCUAUGGUUUAUUAAUCGGCGGUUGGACGGUAGGAGUGUAUCUCGUGCAGCAGAUGUGGGAGAACAUACGUGGAAUCAUGGCAGCUUAUCAAUCGUACAUUUUCUGGUAUAUACUUAUGGCUGGAUUCAUCAGCUUCGUGGUCUGCUACAGGAUCGGACCGCCGAAGAACCAGAGAAGCAAGAAUCUGGUCAUGUGGACUUUGCAGGGUGUUGGCGUUGUUGUGAUUAUAUUCAGCAGUCAGUAUCAAGAAGCGUCAACCGCCGUCACCGUCAUCACGCUGGGAACGAAGUAUUUCCCGAAAUCUAUUCUCUACUACAUACAGGGUUAUUGGCGGCGCCGGUUCCCGCCCAAGCCGCGGCUGCUGUCGAGCGAGGAGUACUACGAGCAGGGCGCGCGCGAGACGGCGGCGGCGCUGGACGGCCUGCGCCGGUACUGCUCCAGCCCCGACUGCCGCCAGUGGAGCGUCAUGCUGCGCCUGCACGACGCCAAGCGAUUUGCAAGUUUCGUGGAAGGUAACUCUCACCUGAACGACGAUGAAGUCAUUGACUAUGAAUCCUAUGCGUUCUCAAUGGAACACUCCAAGCCGGUCGCGAACUCCACCAGGAACAUGGAGAUAUCUGAUGACGACUCCUCGGAGUACGGUGACGAAGAUUGAAUGAAUAUUGGAUUCAUUGGUGAUAUUAAUAAAAACGGAACGAUUCUCAAAAUAUUGGUCGUCGAAGAGACGAAGUCGCGUUGAACGAGGCUUGUCCGGAUUUCUACGAACAUCGCCCCGUUUUUUGAAGGAAUUGGGGGUUUUUUAAAAAAACGUGAUUCGCACAACUUUAACCAAAUAUCAUGCUUUCGAAGGUUGUAUUAAUCUUCAUUUCGAGUAUUUUAGUUUAGCUUAUGAUUUGUUUUUCUGUCACAUUUUUUUUAAAUUUAUUACUAUCCGAAGAGUCUGAAUAUCAUUUUAAUUUAUUAUCAAUAUUUAUGUACACAUAUAUGACAUUCUUUAUUAUUCUUAGUGUUUAAGUUUCUUGAAUUAACUAUACUUUCUUAUAAGCAAAAUGUCUUACUUAAUUCCUAAAAAAAUAUCGUUAUAUUGUUAUUGAUAAUACCCGCGGUUUUGUUCGCAUAAAAUUAAACGUGCAUCACAUUUUCAUUACUGCUCCGCUCUUUGCAUUGUAGCGCAAUUAUUUUUUAUUUCAUAACAAUUUGAAUUUCGAAGGGACUAUUCCUAACGUUAGCUUUCAUGUUUUAUAAUAUUUUGUAUGGAUAUUAGAUCUCAUUUCAUAAUUAUGUUCCAUUUUUAAAUUGUUGUAUUUUUAAGUAUGUUGCCAUUAUUUGCUCUUUUAUUUGAGUUACAAUAUUUUUAAAUGAGCUUAUCUAUGAUUUCAUCCGCUAGUACGUUAAACUUAUUUUAUUAGGAUUGUUUUUGUUAUUUUAUAAAUUCACAACUUGGGAACGGCGAAAGGGACAGCGGAACUUUAUGAUGUAUACAUUUAUGAUGUAUAGACAUGGCGAUUUAAGCUUUAUUUUCUCAAAUAUAUAAGUUAAAUUAAUAAUAUCUGCAGUGGCGUAGCUUGCCCUAUAUCAAAGUUUGGUGGGGAGCCUUCAUUUUAACUGCGGCGAUGAACUUUUUUAAUGAAAUUUUUGUUUACUCGGGAACGGGGUUCCUUUCGCCGGGGUCCCGUAUCUUUGAUACGGCUUAUGCAGCGGUAGAUACGCCUGUGAAUAUCUGUUACACGGCUAAAUGAGAAUUCUGAUCUGAAUAAUUAGUGUACAUUAUUUUAUCAUUCUUAUUUGUAUUAUGCAAAACAUCUUUAUUCUUAUAUUUAUAAUCUUUACUCUUGUUUAUGAAUUCUUACGAAGGUUAGCGAUCACUAUGGCGAUUUAAAUUUUCGUGACCGCUGCUCUAAAUAGAGAUGCAUACAACAUUUUUUAUGCAUGUUUUCCUUUAUCGCCAAAACACAAGAUCGAUAAAAAGCAAGUGGAAGCUAAUUGGGCUCAAUGACUGGAUUCGAACCAGUAAUUAACGAUACAUAUUUUAUCCACUGAGCCAUUUCGGAUAUUAUGGAUUUAUUUAGGAUUAAGUAUUGUUGUAUAGUGUGCUAGCCCGUCCCGUCAUUGUACGAUUAAAAUUCAAAAUUAACAUCCCCUUCCCUUAACACUCACUGCCAAGCUCAUUUACUUACAUUUACAGUUGAAAUUUCGAAUUAUUUCUAGCUUACGUUAUAAAAUAAACGUAUAUUCCAAAUUUCAGGUCUCCCGACUCAGUAUUUUUUUAUCUGUGUGUCGACUAUCAGGACAAACAGUUUAUAAGAAUAGAUAUUCGUUUUGUAGCAUCGCCAAUAACAUUACUUACUACUAAGGGAUACAUCACACUUUGCGAGCGAGUCCAAAACGAGGCGAGAGCUCAGCGGGCGCGCAGGAAGCGCUUCAAAGGAUGGAGUUACUUAUAAUGGAAAUCGAAAAUCGACCCACUAAGGGGACAAACAAGGUGACAAUUAUUAAAAAAACAAAACAAACAUGGGAAGAGGUUUGUCUGUAUUCAUUCUGUUAUAUUGUCCAAAACGGACGGACGCCGAACUUGCUCCUAAAUCGCCAAUGUGAUAACAGCCUUACUUCAUAAAGUAUACCUACCUCAAGCCUAAAUCACUGGGAUUACAAGGGGGUUCUUU